CUCUGACUCUGUCAGCGAAGUAGAGCCGCAUGAGGAAGUGGUGAAGAUAUUUUUCUCACCCACUUGCUGCAACCUUUUGACAGAUUUUGAUUUAAAAUUAUCAGGCGUGAUGGAAAGCGCAGAUCCAGGGCCAGCAGAUGGAGAGGAGCGAAUGGUAGAGCUACGCCCGAGGACACGCUCCAAUCCGGAGGGAGCGGAGGACAGACGGAGCAGUAACGGUGGGCUGAACAGUCCUCCACCCUCACAACCUACUGUGGGAAGUCGAGUGGAGGGUGAAGGAGAAGCAGCCAGCACUGACAGUCCUCCAAGUUCCACAUCCACCAUCACAACGACUAUUUCUGCCCCCAUCACUGCUGCAGCCACUACCUCAGUUAGCAGCUUGUCCAAUUCAGUACCUUCUUCAAUGGCUGCGGCCAAAGAAAGGCCCAAACCAAGUCAGCCCUCACUGGCCUCGCAGAUUCCUCCAGCUUCAGAACUCCAGCUUCGAGCACCAAGAGUCAACUGUCCUGAAAAAGUGAUCAUCUGUUUGGAUUUGUCAGAAGAGAUGUCCCUGCAGAAGCUCGAGUCCUUCAAUGGAUCAAAGACGAACGCCCUGAAUAUCUCCCAGAAGAUGAUCGAAAUGUUUGUGAGAACAAAGCACAAAAUUGACAAGAGGCACGAGUUCGCCUUGGUGGUGGUCAAUGAUGAUGCCUUGUGGUUAUCAGGCUUCACCUCCGACCCACGGGAGCUGUGCAGCUGUUUGUACGAUCUUGAAACAAAUGUUUGCGAAUCGUUCAACCUGGAGGAUCUGCUCAACGUAAUUCUCCAGAAAAUCGAGCUUCCACAGAUGGACAACGUCCAGACGAUCCCACCACCCUUUGUGGUCCGUACUCUCCUCAUCUACAGUCGGCACGUAGGCCAGCUGCAGUUUAACCCGUCUGAUGCUGUCAGUAAAAUGCUACGCUCUCCAUACUUCUUCUUUGAUGUCAUUUACCUUCAUAAUGGCGCCGAUGAGCAAAUGGAUGACAACAGCUGGAAGGACACGUACGAAUCCUUCUCGAAGUUGGACUCGAAGGGGAUGUGCUACCGUUUCGAAGUGUCUCUAUGUGGCCCAGCUAUCGAGCUGCAUAACUGCAUGGCUAAGCUGCUGUGUCACCCGCUGCAGAGACCCUUUCAAAGCCAUGCCUCCUACAGCCUGCUAGAGGGCGACGAGCCACCAGAGAUCGAGGCCACGGUGUAGAGCAGCGCUCAUUAACCCUGCUCCUGGAAAUAGCACUGUAGAGCUCCAAUACUGAUAUAACACUUUUAUCUGGACAAUCAGUGUUGCUGAUGCGCUAGAACUGUGUUGGAAUCGUCUUGAAUUCUGUAAGAUGGUGCAACAGAUAGUCCAGGAACAGGAUUAAUUAAUGAAGGACUAGUUGACGAAGCAUCUUACACUGAGAUUCCUAACGAUGGACACGUUCAAUGCUAAGGAAAAAAAACAAGAAAUCUAGUUGUCUUUAUAUGUGGACUGCUGUGGAUUUUCUUUAGCAUUGAGACGUUCAAGGGGGGAGGGAUUGCCUUUUUUUUCACUGCUUCCAUGCAGGAUUUUUCUGUCUGCUUUUUAAAUGUAUGCCUUUUGUCUUUUAUAUUUUAAUCGUUCAUUAAGUUAAUGUAGCCACCAAAAAUAUUUUUUUUUAAAUCGUUGUUCUUUUUCUUUUUGGCAUAAAUCAAAAACCCUUGUGUCUAGAUUGGUGAAUGUGUAAAUCCUUCUCUUUUUUUUUUUAAAUGCCACGGUUGAAAGUAUACUGAAAUGUGUGAUCACUAGAACAUGUAACGUUCUGGAGUGCCAUUCUGGCGAGUAAGGAUGCGGUUGAAUAAAUGAUGAAUAAUGAAACGAUAAA